AUGACGACUACUUUAACUAAAACAGAAACAGCUGCAUUUAUAAAUGAAAUAGAAGCUAUAUAUGAAGAACCUUCUAUAGCGUAUAAACUUCGUGCAACAUCAACAUGGGUCACUAAGUCAUUUAAAGAACGCACUAUUUUAGAACGUCUAGCCUCGAUAGAUCUUGCUAGUCAAAAAUGUUAUCAAGUUCAACCGAAAAAUCCAAAUCCACCACCAAUACAUAAUAUUUGGCUUGAACGUUUAUGGUUAACUUGUACGAUUUCUCCAGCAUUGAUUAUUCAAGCUCUUUGGUAUCAUUUUGUACCUAAAGAUAAUCAUUAUCAUACAUGGCAUCCUCUUUUUGCAUUCGUUUUUUAUUUUUUGGCAUUUUUUAUUUUUACCUUACAACUUGUUGGUCGUACUCAUUAUUACAUGAAGUAUUAUGGUACUUUUGAUGAAGAUAAUCGACCACGUGAUUAUGUUCCAGAUAAACUAGUACCUCGAUUUAUUAUCAGUGUUCUUAUUUAUCUAUUAGCACGUACAGCUGGUGGUCUUAUUCUUGGUGGCUAUGAUCGUAAUGAACCACCAUCACUUGGUCAUACUAUUUCAUGUUAUCAUCGUACAGUUCAUACUGUUCCUUUCUUAUGGAAAUUUCAUAGUUUACAUCAUUGUACUAAACAUCCUACUCCAAUACAAUCAAUUCUUGCUGGUGAUAUACAAGAAUUAAUUGAAAUUUUCUUAAUACCACUUUUUACUUCAUUUGUUUUUCAUUUAACAACACAUGAAUUUUGGAUUGUUCAAUGCAUACUUAUUUAUAUAGAAGCUGGAGGUCAUUCGGGUAUACGUGCUUAUUUACCACAUGUAAUUUUAUAUGAAGUUCUACAACCAUUUGGUAUGGAACUGUGUGUUGAAGAUCAUGAUAUACAUCAUCGAUAUGGUAAGAGUGGUAUGAAUUAUGGAAAACAGACAAGAAUUUUCGAUCGACUCUUUGGUACAUUAUGUGAACGAGUUGAAUGUGUACAGAAGUAA